UUUGAUUCCGGCUUGCUUGACACUGGUGUGGAAAAGAUGGCUGCUUCGGCGGCAACAGCGAGUUCUUCCCCUGGUUUGUGUCCAAAUUACGCCGUGAUUUGCUCUUUCCUGGAGCGGUAUGGAGCGUUGCUGGACUUACCGGAGCUCACUUUUCCCCAGCUUGAGAGAUAUCUGAAGGACACAUCCUCAGUCCCAAAGCUGCUGGUUGAUCUUCAUGUCAAGUUGCUGAGGAAGAUCGGGAAGUCUGUGUCAGCAGACAGAUGGGAGAAAUAUUUAGUAAAGGUAUGCCAAGAGUUCAACACAACAUGGGCGUGGGAACUUGAACAAAAAGGAUACAAGGAGUUGACAAUGGAGUGCAAAACAGGGAUACUUAAAUAUUUGUGCGAGUGUCAGUUUGAUGAAAAUGUGAAGUUCAAAACUGCCAUCAAUGAGGAGGACCCAGAUAAAAUGCGGCUGCAGCCAAUAGGCCGGGACAAAGAUGGACAGAUGUAUUGGUUUCAACUGGACCAAGACAACAAUGUACGCCUCUAUGUGGAGGAGCAAGAUGACUCCGAUGGGUCAUCGUGGAAGUGCAUCGUCAGAAAUAGAAAUGACUUAGCUGAGGCUGUGGCUCUGUUGAAGACACAAAUUGACCCUGAGCUGUUGAAAAGGGAAGAGCAAAAACAGCAAAGCAAAUGUGAUGGUGAAGAAGAGGAAGAAAAGGCAGAAGGUGAAAUUAAAAAGACAGAUGAUACAUCAGAUGAAGACAACAAAGACUGCAAUGAGACCACCUGCUCCAGCUCACCAAAGACGGAGAAUAAUGACAUCUUAACACUAAAAGAAAAUUUGAAAUCAGACACGUCCGAGGCCAAAUCGUCACUGAAUGGCAUCAUCGAAGGCAAAACUGAAGCAGAACUCAAUUCAGAAAGCAUGAGUACAAAAGCUCAGAACAUUAAAGAAGAGCCAGUGGAGGUGUCAGACACAAAAUCAAGCACAGCAACAAUUGAACACAUUUCAGAAACACCAUGUAUAUCAGUAAAGGCAGAAAAAGAAGAGGUCAAGAAGAACAGUGCGGAUGAGGUCCAACAGGCACUCAAGAAUGACCAGCAGGCCAAAAUCCCUUUGAAAAAAAGAGGAAUGAAGUUUAGUGAAGAUUUUGAAAAAAACAGUGGCAUUAUGGUGCAACAUGCAUGUGUUUCUCAGGUCAGAGAAGCUCCUAAAGCUGAUGUGACUCCUGAACAGACAAAGACAGCACAGAGUGUAAAUGUUAAUGGUGAAAUUCAGCCUGCAUCACAGGGAGAUCUCCAGAGCCAUUUGUGCGAAUCACCAAAAGACAGCGGUGUCUACAAAGAGCAUACAUCUGAAACAGCCGGAAGUAAAUCUGUAAAAGUAAUAGAAAAUGACUUGUCAUCCACAGACAAGGAGAGCAUGAAAGAUAAAGCUGAAGCUUGCAGUACAGAGAAGGUAACAGAGGCAGUCACAACAUACCAAGCAGACUUGGACAAGAAAGAUGUAGAUGUACAGGCAGAAAUGGAAAGCACUGUAGUGACAGAAGAGAAGGAAACCCCACCUUCAAAAGAAGAGGCAGCACCUUUGCCUAAAGAUAUAAUCAGUGCACUUGAGAACUCUUCUAAUCAUGAAAAUCAAGAAAAAAUUAAAGAGAAACCAGCUGAUACAGAAAAGUCCUGUAUGGUAGACAGGACAACUACAUCAGCAGAAACAAAAAAAACUGAUGAGUCAGUUAACCUAAAUGUAAAUCAUGAGGUCACACCCAAAGAAGAUGAAUCACAUGUUUUAGAGGAGAAAUCAGCCUGUGUAGACAUGGAAUCAUCGAAGUCAAAUCAGACCGAAGAAACAACUUUAAAGAGGACAGAAAAUGCAUCAGGCAUUAAGCAAACAGAAGUGAGUAAUACAGGGUCUAAAGAAUUCAUAACAUCUGGGAAUACUGUAGAGAAAUCAAAUAACUCUCCACCAACAGAGAAACCAGGAGUCAUUAAAGCAGCAGAGGCACAAUCUGAAAACAAAGACUCUGCAAAGACAACUGAUGACUUUGCCAUUAAAAAGACAGAAACACUAAAAGAUGGUGAUGAUACAGAGACCCAGGAAGUCACACAAGGUUCUGUCAGUAAAUGUGUAGACAUGGCAUCAAACUGUGAGAAAUCAAUAGAAACAUCUAACAUUAAGGACAGUGUGGAGUCUUUUGUUAGUAAAACGAUAAACAAAUCAGAUUCAUGUAAAUCUGCUGAGACGCAUCAUAACAUCAAAGACUCAGAGAUGACUCCUGAGAACAGCGCAGCCCCUGAGACUAAUCCCGAGAAGACAGAAGAGCCUGAAGACACAAUGAAAGUUGUCAGCUGUGAAGACAUCACAAUAGAUGAGGUUGACAAGAUAAGCAACUCUGUGCCCAGGCCUGUGGAGGUAGAAGCAGCGGCUGUUAAACAGGAUCUGACAAACCCACAAGAAGAUGACAAAGUGGAGAUGAGCUCAGCUGCACAUAAAACACCAAGAAAACCAUCUGAAAAGAAAGAUGAACCAUUCAGUCCUGGUGAGAAGGCUAACAUCUGUGAAGAAAGUGAUAAAAAACCUGACAAAGAACAGGAAAAAUUGUCUGAAGAGCAGCCUAAAAGACUCGAGGCAGAGCAUCCAUCACCUGAAAGUCAAAAGGAUGCUGAUAAGGUAAAUGAAAAGGACACAGACAAUAAAAAACUUAGAAAUGUCAGUGAGAAGAAUCUUUGUCAAGACAAAAAUAGUAGGGAGGAUGUCACCAUAGAUAAAUUCUCGAAAACUGAUGAAAUAAAGGAGGAAAAUCCGGCUCCUAAAGAGAGUGAAACCUGCACCAAAAUGGAGCAGUUGGGUCAUCAAAAUGUAAGCAAAGAUCCUGAAGCAAAAUCCUCAACUGACUUUGAUAAACCUAGCCACCUAAGCAAAGAACCAGCUACUGAGAAGCCCACUGAUGAGGAAGGUAAACGCAAAGGUGAAGAAGAGGACUCUGCAAUAAAAAAAGAGGUGGCGAACGGUAGUGACACCCCGACAGAUCUUCAGGAGCCGAGUGUUUGUCAGAAAAUCAAGCCCAUAGCCCAUCGAAGGAAAGCUGAACUUCAUAGAGAGGAAAGACAUGGGGAUUCAGAGUCUGAUACGAACACGGGGAGAUCUCUUCGAAGAUCACCGAGAAUCUCGAGACCAACGCCAAAGGUGGUAGAGAUCCACGACAGGAAGAUGGAGAAACCGCAGGCUGUUCCACCGGCUGAGAAGCGUGAGAAAGACAAAGACGAGAAGGUGGUGGAGGAAGAGGAGGAAGAGGUGAAAGCUGUUCAGAAGAAACCAAGAGAGAAAAAGGCAGACCAGGAAGGUCAGCCCAAACCCAAGGGGAGAAAGAGACGGAAGAUUCGGUGGACCAGCACUCGAACGCGCCGUAAAAAGAAAGGUUCCGAUGAAGAUGACGACAGCAACGAGGAGUCCAGUGAAGAGGAGGAGAGUGAGGAAGAGGAUGAUAGCGAUGAAGACUACAAGGUUGAACAUAGUAGAAAGAGGCGGAAUCGAAACAGAGAAAGACGAAACUCGGACUCCUCUACAUCUUCAGAUGAAGACCUACCUCCAAAUGAUGACCCCUGCAAACAUUGUGGUCUCCCUAAUCACCCUGAGCUGAUCUUACUGUGUGAUUCGUGCGACAGCGGCUACCACACAGCUUGUCUGAGGCCUCCACUCAUGAUCAUCCCUGAUGGAGAAUGGUUCUGUCCGCCCUGUCAACAUAAGCAGCUCUGUGACAAACUAGAAGAGCAGCUCCAAAACCUGGAUGCAGCUUUGAAAAAGAAGGAACGUGCUGAGAGAAGGAAAGAGCGUCUUAUUUAUGUUGGAAUCAGUGUCGAAAAUAUCAUCACGCCUUCUGUAGAGGUAGAGGAAGAAAAGCCAGCGAUCAUAAUCAAAGAGAAGAAAGAAUCAAAGCGGAGUAAGAGCUGGGGUCGAAGGUCAACAAGGGCGAAGAAAACCAUCAGCUACAGAUUUGAUGAAUUUGAUGAGGCAAUCGAGGAGGCAAUAGAGGAAGACAUCAAAGAAGCCGAGGGCGGAGGAGCUGGUCGGGGUAAAGACAUGGCCAACAUCACAGGCCAUAGAGGAAAGGAUAUGUCUGCCAUUCUUCAAGUGGAGGAGGGUAAGGAGAAUGGCCGCCCUCCACGACCCAGUGCUGGCCAGCGCAGGAAAAAACGCAGACGACUCAAUGACCUGGACAGUGACAGCACUGUGGACGAGGAGGAAAGCGAAGAAGAGUUUCGACUCACUGAAAGUUCAGAAGAGGACUUUGUAGCGUCAGACAGUGACUCAGAAGGUGAAACAGAUGCGGAUGUCAAUGACAGUGACUGUGGCAGCAACAGCAGUGGUAGGCUUCAUGUUUCUUCACGGGCCAGGAAGCCACCGCAACAACGGCGAAGCUCCAGAAAGCGACAAAGACCAAGAGGGUACUCUGAUGAUGAAGAACAAGAGACAGAUGAGGACGAUGAAGAAGAUGAAAUAGCGACUGAAGGCUCCAGUGAGUUCAGUGACAGUGAUCUUGAUAUGAGUCGACGGCGGUCUCGACGGAGUCAGAAGAAGCAGGUGAACUAUUGUGAGACGUCGGAGUCUGAAGGCUCUCAGGCAGAAACCAACCGGGCCAAAAUGAAACCCAGACGUCGCCAGGAAAGCUCAGACAGCGACGCAAGUUUCUCCAGAGACUCUGAGGAGUCAUCAAGGGAACAGAGGGUAAAGAGGAGAGCUGAUUCCUCAGAGGAAGACUCACGGCAGCAGCGCAGACGGCUUGCACUAAAACGCAGGAGGGCGUCUGAAGAUGACGACUCGGACGACGACUCGGACGAAUCAUCAGAGGAGGAUCGUCCCAUCCGUAAACGGGUGAACCGCAUUGACUCGGACGAUGACGACGAGGAAGAGGAGGAGAAAUCGAAGGAGAAGAAAGCAGAGGAGGAGUCCAAAGGAACAAACCCAUUGGACUGCAAUCUAGUGGAUUUGCCACCAACAAAUGGACAAAGCCCAAUAAAGAGCUUUGAAGGCCUCAUCAGCCGGCCCCCUGCUGCUGCUCCAGGCCUCAUCCCACAUCUGGGGUCCAAAAACAUCAGUGCUACACCAGCCCCUGCCAUAGCACCAAACGGUCUGGUUGGCCAGGAGAUGGCAGCGCCGGACGAUGAUGAAGACGACCUGUUAGGAGUCACAGACCUAGUGGAUUACGUCUGCAAUAACGAACAAUUGUAAACACAAAUUGGUGUACUGUUUCAUUUUUUGGUUGUAUUGUAUUUUUAUAUUGCGUAACUUUAUUAUUCCCUCCCCCACCAACACUUUCUUGUUGUCCUUUUUACUUGUGUCAUCUGGAGCUUGUUUUUCAGCAGUCUCCAACAGUAUGAACUGGAUCUCUACCCCCAGCCCGUUGCUGUCCCUGUGGGAUUCUAGUAUGAUGAAUAAGGGCACCAACUUUUCAGCUGUCAUUCGGCUGGUGAUAAUCAGUACACCUGCAGACCACCUACCUACAUCAUCAUUCUUUUUUUUUUUUUUUUUUUUAAAUCGUCUAAGAUUAGGGUUGGGCAUCAUUUGGUUUUUUCUUACCAGUUCUAAAAUGAUACUUUAAAAAUGGUGCCGGUGCCUUAACGGUACUAGAACCGAUACUUAAAAAAAAA